GUAAAUUCAGUGCAACUACCUCUUAUAAACUGUAAGUUAAUCAGCAGUGAAUAUAGACAGUUCAAGAUGGCAUAAGCUCUACUUUAAUAGUAUAAACUUUAAGCUCAUGUAAUUUAAAACACAGUAAUUACAGCAAAAAUUCACUCCACCAGAUAUUCCUUUGAGAUAAUAAUGACUGGACACAUCUGAAAAUGAGAGGUGAGUACAUUUUAGCCGAACCAGAUGUGUAACUCAUAAUUUAUUUAAAAUUGCCAUCAAUAUUAAUCCACAAUUUAUUUUUCUUUGAUUGAUUUCGGACAGUACAUAGGCACCCAUCACGACUGAGAGACUGACACUUAGAUUGGAAUUAUAAGAAAAUUGGAAAGCCGUCAUUAACCAUCUUAAAGGGCUGCUGCUGUGCUGUAGUGGAGUGCUUUGUCCUUACAUGUUGUGUGCAGACUCCAAGUAUGAAUGAUAACAGAAAGGAGGGAGAUGAAGUAUUACGCAUGAUCCAGUUGUGUGUGCUGUGGACAGCAAGCUUAGGGUGUGGUGUCGGUUCACUUAUUUACAUCUGAUGUUGUGUAUCUCAGUUUCAAGUCACUUCUGAACACUUCUGAAUUUAGAUGAUGGACUUUGCAGCAGCAAAGGCAGAGUGAGCCUCACAGAGCUCACACUGAUGGAAGCAUCUUAAACCAAAAUACCUCUGAUGCGUUUGGCACCAGUGGCAUAGUGUUGGUUUGUAGACUCCUGCACACAAAACCAGAGGAAAAACCACAUUUUAGUAAACAUAAUGUGAAUUUCUGUACGAUGUUCUUCUGCAGGACCGAGCCAGUAACUCAGUGAAGAUGCGCUCAGUGGACAUGCAUUGUAGCAAAGAGUAAACUGCUGAAGGAAGACAAACGAUUUGCUCAGGUCCACACACAAUCUGGACACUUGCUGAUGUAAUGAGGAAAGACAGGAGGCUUUGACACUGAGGGGACAAUCACUGGAGAGAAAGAGCAAAUUCAAACGGAUGAAACAUUAAAGAGAAAAAAACAAGUCAUUAUAAGGGAAAGAAAACAGUUGUGUUAAUUUCAUGGACUGCUUCAGCGUGCCAGAACAGGUGACAGAAGGGGAGCUGUCCAAUAUGCAAGUAAGGAGUCCCCCCCAUCAGCUUCCUCGGUGAGAAUGAAAUAAAUAAACAAUGAAUGGUCCACUCUCCUCGCGCGCCUCAUCCCAUCUCAUGCAUGGCUGCCAGUAAUGGUCUACUGGGUGUCAGCUUUUAUUGGCACGGCACAAAGCAAGUGCCAAGGGCUCGGUGGCUCGACUCCCCGCCGCAGACUCGGCCUGUGGAUAAAAGCAAGCAAAAUGCCCCAGUCGAGCUCAGAAACAUAGUCAUGUUGGGCUGGAACGAGGAAGUGCAGUGGAGAGGGGAGGGACUCAGGGCGCAGCUCCAUGGGGCCGCCGCGGCGCUGCGACCUUCUGCACAUGGAGCCGGGGAGAGUUGGAAGAACUUCAUACUGCAAACUCAAGGAAUAGCAGAAUACUUGCACCGCAUGGAGACAGAGGAGGCCCAGGAAAUGGCCCAGAUGCCAGGCAGGGACAGCCCCCCGGCCAACGAAGCAUCUGAGGAGGCAGAGGAACCCAUGGCCGUCCCGGAGGACCUGUCAGCCAGCUCCACCCACCAGCAGAACAACACCAGAGGGGACAAAGCCUGUAACAUUAAAGUUGAGGCUCGCAGUGAUGAGGAGAAUGGGCUGGCCUGUGACAUGAAUGGCGUGGAGGAGGAGGAGUGUGCGGAAGACUUGCGCGUGAUUGAUGCCUCGGGGGCCAAGGUGAACGGCUCACAGCCGAGCCCCGAAGCCAAGGCCUUCUCCUCGGCUGGAGGUAUCCGGCUGCCCAACGGGAAGCUCAAGUGUGAUAUCUGUGGGAUAGUUUGCAUUGGCCCCAAUGUGUUGAUGGUGCACAAACGAAGCCACACUGGUGAACGUCCUUUCCAGUGCAGCCAGUGCGGCGCCUCUUUCACCCAGAAGGGCAACCUACUGCGCCACAUCAAGCUCCAUUCAGGGGAGAAACCCUUCAAAUGUCACCUAUGCAGCUACGCCUGUCGCAGGAGGGACGCCCUCACCGGCCAUUUACGCACCCACUCAGUCGGAAAACCCCACAAGUGUGCUUACUGUGGGCGGAGUUACAAGCAGCGCAGCUCUCUCGAGGAGCACAAGGAGAGAUGUCACAACUACCUCCAGUACAUGGGGCUGCAGAACAACAUCUACACAGUAAUAAAGGAAGAAAGCAACCAGAAUGAGCAGAGGGAAGACAUGAGCCAGACGGGAUCUGACAGAGCCUUGGUGCUAGACAGACUAGCUAAUAAUGUAGCUAAACGUAAGAGCACUAUGCCACAGAAGUUUGUGGGUGACAAAUGUCUGUCAGACCUCUCCUAUGAGGGAGGAGCAGGUGAGCUGAUUCAGCCACACGUCAUCGACCAGGCCAUCAACAGUGCCAUCAGCUACCUGGGGGCUGAGUCGCUCCGGCCUCUGGUCCAGACCUCCCCAGCCUCCUCUUCAGAUGUGGCCCUCAGCUCCAUGUUCCCCCUGCACAAGCCGCCGCCCGACGGCCACACGGGAACCGGUCUGUCAGCCAAAGACAGCGCAGCUGAGAACCUGCUGCUGCUCUCUAACUCCAAGUCUGCAUCCAGCGAGAAGGACGCCUCGCCCAGCCACAGCGGCCAGGACUCCACAGACACAGAGAGCAACAACGAGGAUCGCCCAGGUGGGACUGCUCCAGGCCUCAUCUACCUGACCAACCACAUCACCUCGGGGGUGAGGAACGGCGUGCUCCCUCUGGUGAAGGAGGAGCAGAAGAGGCAGUACGAGGCCAUGCGGGCCAGCAUCGAGAUGGCCUCUGAGGGCUUCAAGGUGAUGACGGCAGACGGGGACCAGGUGAGGGCGUACCGGUGCGAACACUGCCGCGUUCUCUUCCUGGACCACGUCAUGUACACCAUUCACAUGGGCUGCCAUGGCUUCAGAGACCCCUUCGAGUGCAACCUCUGUGGUCACCAGAGUCAAGACCGUUACGAGUUCUCUUCUCACAUAACGCGAGGGGAGCAUCGCUGUUGAGCCCCCCAGAAUAUACAAACACACACACACACACACACACACACACACACACACACACACACACUUACUUUUGCUCAGAUGAACAGGUGUACAUAUGGAAGACAUGCCACACACUCUCACUCAUUGAUGUGCACAUGUAAUAAGUGCAUAGAAAUACAAAAUGUAAAACACACUGUUAAUAUCUGAAAUCUCAGUUUUUUUUAUACAAAGUAUGCAUGCUUUCUGGACACAACUAUUAAAAAUGCAUUUAUUUUCAUUUCAAAUACCAUGCUCAGAUGGAAGAAUAAUUCAUGUGUCUGUUUGAAAGAAACAAAAUGAUGCUCAGUGAAGACAACACAGCAGUUGCUGUGUUACAUCCUACACAAGUUUUAAAUCAUGUAUUUAGAGUUGCUAAAUGUAUAAAAUGUAUAAAUGUGUCUUUUCUUUUGGAAAGCCAGGCAGCAACUUUUUAAAACAGAAAAAUAUUCAUCCUUACAUGUACAAAUCUCUGUACUGAAGUAUCAGAAAUGUCAAUAAAAUACUCUGCUCUGCAGGAACAUCCAUUUAAAUAUUAAAUGCGUACAAAAACCUAACAAUCACUGUAGAUAAGUCCUCAUUUCCUUUCAAAGUUUCAACCUGUUCUUGUAUUUGUAGCAACAUAUUAUUUAUAUCACAUUUACACAGCUGUCUGUUUUUUGUAUUUAUUACAGUGAUUGAUGUUUGUCGGUAGAGUAGUUAAUAACAGCUGCACCUCUUAUUUGAGGUGAAAAUGUGACGGCUGCUGAAAGCUAUUUUUAGUUUUAUCAAGAGAAAAUGUUAUCCUGGCCUUUUGUUUUAUUCCUGAUGGCUACAAAUUGUUUCACUCACAACAUGAAAAUGAGCCAUUUGAGGUUUGAAGGAACUUUAUGCUUGCAAAACACCAAUAAAGGAUAUUUUAUAUAUGCACAAAGA